AUGGCUUCCCCAUUUGCUUACCCUCCGUUUGAGAAAAGGGGCGAUUCCCUCCGACUCCUGAUUCUUCUCCCAAGCGAAGAAUCUAAGGAGCCCAAAGGUGGGGCAAAAGACCGAAAUCGCGACAAGGACGAGGAGAGCAACAAAGUCAAAGUUGACGACGGCUAUAGCGACCAUGGGAGCGACUAUAGCAAACAUAGCGACAGCUAUAGCGACCAGGAUGACCGCUAUGGUGACCAAGACGAGGAGGAGGAGGAGGAUAACAACGACGAUGAGGAUGAUACCCACGAUCCUAUCAGCUGCGAGCUCGUCCCCCGCACCUUCGCCAGUAAACCUGUAUAUGAAUGUCUCUCAUAUACCUGGGGCAGCGAGGAAGCCGACAAACGAAUUACUGUGAACGGACAGGAAUUCCUCGUGCGCAAGAAUCUCUUUUUUGCCUUGCGUCAACUGCGGCAGAAGACACCCAGGGCGUUGUGGAUUGAUGCGAUCUGUAUCAAUCAGAAUGAUAUCCCGGAACGAAACGCCCAAGUCAGUAUGAUGGAAUUCGUCUACAAACGUGCAACAAGGGUACUUGUGUGGCUGGGUCUAGCUGCUGAGAAGUACAUGGCGGUUGAUAGAGAGCUGAAUAUUGUCCGGAGUGCCGAUAAUGCCAAGGCGAUAGCUACUCAUCCAUACUGGAGCCGGCUUUGGAUCAUUCAAGAAGUCGUCUUAGCGCAUGAACUUCUCUUUAUGCAUGGCAGUUUCGAGAUCAGCGAGGGGACUUUUGAAUCAAAGCUCGAUCAGGAAUACUUCGCGUUGGAAAAAUUGGCCAUCCCUCUGCUUAGACAUAGGGACAGGAAAGACACAGAUGAAUACAGAUUAGAGAUGCUGAUUGACAAGUUUCAGAACGCUCAAUGCUUCGAGAAGAGAGAUAAGAUUUUUGGUCUUCUGGGGUUGGCAAACGAUGUCGAUGAUGAGAUCGAGGUUGAUUAUGAAGUGAAGUUGUUUGACUUGUAUAGGAAUUUGCUGGAUUUCCAUCAGGCUGGGAAGCCAAUAUAUGAGGGGUUUUUUGCCUCUGAGAUUAAACCAGAAGUUGAUCGGGCGAUUCGGUUGAUGAAGAUUAGUAGUCUGGUACAGAAGAUGUUUGAAGGUGCUGUGGACGAGGAAGCCAAACUCCGUCGCGACCAGGGUAAUAAGAAUGAUGAGAAGAAGUUCUAUUACGCGCGGGGUGCCCUAGCAGGCGAGAUCCUCUAUCUAGGACCAACGUACUUUGACACUGUCUCUUCUCACCGCGCAAACAAGAAGUGGAAGAUUGAAUCCGAGAAGAUAUAUGCUUCAAUGGAAAGCGAGGCAACCCAGGAGCUUAGGCAGGAUGACAUGGAAUACUCAAAGCUUAUCCUGGAUUGGGAUGAAGCGUAUCUGAAACGGAUCCAGAAUGUGCAUUCGACUUCGAGCUUUGGGUUCCGAUUUAGUGCGGGUGAUGAGGAUACUUUGCCUGACGGGAUUGGUGAGUUGAGCUUGGAAGAAGCUGGGAAAUCAGGAGAGGGUGUAGGAGAGGAAGAAGAGGAACCAAGGCGUUUCUUAGCGACGAACUCGCGCAUUGGUUUCGCUCCCCCCGGCGCGAGGGUUGGUGAUUCUGUGUGCCAGUUCUGGGGCACCGAUGUGGCUGUUAUCAUUCGCAGGAUUGGCCAUGAGAAGAAUGAUAGGUGGGAGAUUGUCGGGAAGGCGGAUCUGAGCCAAAAGGGGUUGAGGGAUAAGAGCUCACAAAAGAUUUCUGAGUAUGGCCUGAAUUUCGACACGACGAAGUUCGAGGAGAUUGAAGAAGCGAUGCAGGAGUGGGGUUUUAACGAUACGAUGAACUUGAAGAUGGACCUUGAUGUGUUGCAAAGGCUUUCUAGUUAA